GACAGUGCACGGUUAGACUCUAGCUGGUGACGUUGCUGUCAAUGUCAGUGCUAAACUGGUCGAAUUGCACGGAUUUACAACCGAAAAAAAUAAUCUGAUGGCAAACCACCAAGCAGCAGCACGAUCUGUGCAUCUCCGUUAUGACCUACCUGACAACGUGCCAUGCGUUUGUAAUGAGGUAUGCGUCGAUGAGACAAGAAAAGGUUCGUACUUUUGCGUCAUUGGCUUCAGCAGAGGGUAUUGUGGCAUACAGGAACUCUCCGAUGGUCAGAAAAAGUUGAUUUUUUCGGUAUGGGACAGCGAAAGUAACAAUGAUCCAACACCGGAAAAUCGAGUCAAGGUUACGUACAGUGGUGAGGGCGUCGAGGUGUCGCGAUUUGGAAACGAAGGCACAGGCGGUAAAACCAUGAUGCCAUUCGAUUGGAAAAUUGAAGUGCCAGUCAAAUUUAAGAUGGAGGCAAGGGAUGAAGAUGGGGUCUGGACUUCUUUCUCAUGCUUUGUAUUCAUUGAAACAUCAAGUUCUUGGUUUCAUAUCGCAACUCUGAAAACGAUUGCAAAUGGGGACCUUUUAAAGUCUGUUUACUCAUUUGUGGAGGAUUUUAGAAGAGACUUUAAAAGUUACGAAGAGACCAGAAUGGCGAAAUUCGGUGACUGUUUCGCGUUAAAUGGAGAUUGUGAGACCGAAUGUCGGCGAGCAAUGUUUACUGCCGAUGGCUCGCCUUGCAAGAAUAUCGAUGCAGGUUGUUUGGAUACUAAAUUCUUUUUAGAGACUGGAGGGCAAACACAGAACACUCAUACCCCAUUGAAUGGUUAUAUCACUUUGUAGAAUAUAAUCUCGAAUAUGAAACCAAGAAAUCGACGGUUCAAUGAAUACAAAACGUAUGAGCAUAUAUUCGAAGUAUAGUUUAUAAGUAUCAUUGUUUCUUUUUGUUGUAAAUAAUUUACCAGAUAUUGUAAUGGUAAUUACUCUAGGUCCCACUUGCUUUUGCUGUCGAUGACAUAGAUACUGAAGUCAUAUCCGGAAGCUGUAUGCCCGACAGAGAUGUUGUUAUUAAAAUAUAACCAGCUGUAAAGACACAUUUAGUUGGAUAUUUUAAUCGUUAAAUUAUUUUCAAACCAAUCGGUGUGUACAUAUGAAAAUGCAGGAAAUUGACAUCAGACAUCAAUGAUAAAGAAUGCAGUCAGUCUAAAACAAGACCAGACUCUGUUCAAUAUAUGCAAUGACUUUGGGAAAGUUCAAUAAUUGGCAAAGCGUGCUUUGUUAUCUUUUCUCAGCUGAAAAUUCCUGGUCAAAAUCGGUUAUUAACAUACCAGCUGAUUUACCCGAUCAUAGAUCGGGUAUAUAGGGCGUAGUGUUGGGGAUGAAAAUGUGGGCAGUUAAAUGUAA